AUGUCCUUAAAUAAUUACUGUAGGCAUGAAUCGUAGAGGUUUAAAUUCUGGAAAUACGAUGUCUUCUCAAUCAAAUAUUGACGACGGUAGCUGGAAAGGAGUUUCUGAGGGUGGAUCUAUGUUGCCCACGUCGAACUCGUCAGCUCUGAAUCCUGAUGGGAGCAACCAGAGUGGGUUUUCACAAGGAGGAUUGCCGUACAACUCGGGUGGCAAUCCAUAUCCACCUGCUGGCCAAUCCUCUCCCGCUGGAAAUCAGUCUUUAGUGUUUCAAAACUCUAAUCAACCUGGAUCGAAUACACCUCAAUAUACCUCUUCACCUGCACCCUCGGGGUCAUCCACGCCGGGUCCUGUUGGCUCACAGAACAUUCCUGGGAACUAUCCACAGUCGGCGACAGCUGGAAACUUCAAUGGUCCUGUGGGAGGACCCUUUGGAUCGCCAUCUUCUGGCUUGGGUCAGUUCAGUCGACCAGCCAGUUCGGGCACUCCCUUCAACAGCGGACAGGCUGGCCACUUUUCAUCGCCCACGGUCUUUGGAGUGGGCGGUCAAUUCAACCCAAUGCCACCAGCAUCUCCCUUCGGUCACGGAGGGAAUCAUCCCAUGAUGGGCGGUCCCCAGCAAAUGGACCGAAUUGAUCAAGGCUUUAGGAGGCACAACUCGUACUUCAGUCACACCGAGCACCGAGUAUUCGAGCUAAACAAACGCCUUCAGCAGCGGAACGAAGAAAGCGACAAUUGCUGGUGGGACUCAUUCACAACGGAGUUUUUCGAGGACGAUGCCAGAUUGACAAUCCUGUUUUGCCUGGAAGACGGACCAAAAAGGUAUACGAUUGGCCGAACACUCAUCCCGCGCUUCUUCCGAAGCAUAUAUGAAGGCGGAGUGUCUGACUUGUACUUUCAAUUGAAGCACGCUAAGGAGUCGUUUCACAAUACGUCUAUAACCCUGGACUGUGAUCAGUGCACGGUAAUAACUCAACAUGGCAAGCCGUUUUUUACGAAAGUAUGUGCUGAUGCCAGGCUGAUCUUGGAGUUCAUGUAUGACGACUAUAUGCGCAUCAAGUCUUGGCAUAUGACCAUUAAGGGACACAGGGAACUCAUUCCAAGAUCCGUGAUUGGCACCUCGCUUCCCCCCGAUCCGAUGCUUCUAGAUCAAAUCACUAAGAACAUUACAAGAGCUGGCAUAACCAACUCAACACUAAAUUAUCUACGAUUAUGUGUUAUACUUGAACCGAUGCAGGAGCUAAUGUCUCGACACAAGGCCUAUGCACUUAGUCCACGGGACUGCCUGAAGACAACUUUAUUUCAAAAAUGGCAGCGUAUGGUAGCACCGCCGGGCAAAAAAGAUCCCCAAAGGCCGGCCAAUAAACGGCGCAAGCGGAAAGGCUCCAACUCGGGCGGCGGGGCCAAUAAUGCAAACACUCCGCCUGUGACAAAUCAGAAGCGAUCACCCUCUGGCCCCAGCUUUUCCCUCUCCUCGCAAGAUGUAAUGGUUGUGGGUGAGCCCACCCUGAUGGGCGGGGAGUUUGGUGAGGAGGAUGAGCGGUUGAUAACGCGGCUGGAGAACACGCAAUAUGACGGUACCAAUGCCGUGGAGCACGAUAAUCACACCGGAUUCGGUCACGCCGACUCGCCCAUCUCUGGCUCGAAUCCGUGGAGUAUUGACCGAGCGGGAAAUAUUCCAGCCAGUCCCGGCAACGGUGCUGCGCCGCAGAACAACGCGAAUAUAUCUGAUAUAGAUAAAAAGAGCCCCAUUGUAUCGCAAUAGAAGUUAAUAAAACAUAUUUCGCUAUAUUGUCAAAUGUAUUUUCAUACUUGCAUGUAAAAAAUAUUUAAAUAAAGCUUUCAAGUUUUAGGAAAUGUA